UCAUCUCCCAACUCCUCAGACGAUGAGUCUCUAUGCGAAGAGGAACUGGCCAAGCUAAAGGAGCAGGUGGAGGAGAAGAAGAAACUCAUUUCAAUCAUGAGAAACAAACCCUGGCGGAUGGCAAAGAAAUUAGCUGUGCUGAGGGAGGCUCAAGCUUUUGUGGAAAAGUUUGAAGGUGCCUUGGGAAAAGGAAAAGGAAAAAAGUUGUAUGCCUACAAAAUGAUGAUGGCAAAGAAAUGGGUCAAGUUCAAGAGAGAUUUUGACAAUUUUAAGACACAAUGUAUACCAUGGGAAAUGAAGAUAAAAGAAGUGGAAAGUCAUUUUGGUUCUUCAGUGGCCUCCUAUUUCAUAUUUCUACGCUGGAUGUAUGGAGUGAACUUGGUCCUGUUCGGCUUGAUAUUUGGAUUAGUUAUAAUUCCAGAGAUAUUAAUGGGAGCACCAUAUGGAAGCAUACCAAGAAAAAUUGUACCCAGGGCUGAGCAAAAAACUGCCAUGGAUUUCUCUGUUCUUUGGGAUUUUGAGGGCUACAUUAAGUAUUCUGCUGUUUUCUAUGGCUACUACAACAACCAAAGGACAAUUGGCUGGCUAAAGUACAGGCUACCAAUGGCAUAUUUCAUGGUUGGCGUUGUCGGUGUAUAUGGAUACAGUAUAAUAGUUGUCAUAAGAUCAAUGGCCCGGAAUGCCCAUGAAGACACGGGCGAUGGAGAUGAUGCGAACUUCAUUUUUAGCUGGAAAAUGUUCACUAGUUGGGACUACCUCAUAGGCAACCCAGAGACAGCCGACAACAAGUUUGCAUCCAUUACAACUAGUUUCAAGGAGUCAAUUGUGGAUGAGCAAGAAAGCAACAAAGAUGAGAAUAUCCAUCUGAGAAGAUUCCUAAGGGUUCUGGCCAACGUACUUAUUAUAUGUUGCUUGUGUGGAAGUGGCUAUCUUAUUUACUUUGUCGUUAAGCGGUCCCAGGCCUUUUCCAAAAUGGAAAACAUUGGCUGGUAUGAAAGAAAUGAGGUUGAAAUUGUUAUGUCCUUGCUAGGAAUGUUUUGCCCUCCGCUAUUUGAAACCAUUGCAAACUUAGAGGAGUAUCAUCCUCGGAUUGGACUGAAAUGGCAACUUGGACGCAUUUUUGCACUCUUCCUUGGGAACCUUUAUACUUUCUUGCUGGCCUUAAUGGAUGAUGUCAAAGAAAAGCUGGUUGAAGAAGUUAGCAUCAGGAACAUAACACAUUGGACCCUCCUAAAUUAUCAUAAUUCGUCUGUGGCAAAUGGAAGUGCUGUUUCUCUACCUUCUAUGGAUCCAGCUGAUGUCCCUCGAGGACCUUGCUGGGAAACCACUGUGGGAAUAGAAUUUGUGAGGCUCACUGUGUCUGAUAUACUUGUGACAUUUGUAACAAUACUUGUGGGAGAUUUCCUCCGUGCUUGCUUUGUCAGAUUUGUGAACUAUUGCUGGUGCUGGGACCUGGAGGCUGGAUUCCCUUCAUAUGCUGAGUUCGAUAUUAGUGGCAAUGUGCUCGGUUUGAUCUUCAACCAAGGAAUGAUCUGGAUGGGAUCCUUUUAUGCACCAGGACUAGUCGGCAUAAAUGUGCUACGUUUAUUAACCUCCAUGUAUUACCAGAGCUGGGCUGUUAUGAGUAGCAAUGUUCCCCAUGAGCGAGUGUUCAAGGCCUCCAAAUCCAAUAAUUUUUAUAUGGGACUCUUGCUGUUGAUCCUGUUCCUAAGCCUGUUGCCGGUUGCCUACACCAUAAUGUCCCUGCCUCCCUCCUUCGACUGUGGACCAUUCAGUGGGAAAAAGAAAAUGUACGAUGUAAUCCAAGAGACCAUCCAACACGAUUUCCCACCCUUUGUGGCCAAGAUCUUCGGUUAUGUGGCAAAUCCAGGACUAAUUAUACCCGCCAUUCUACUUAUGAUCCUUGCUAUAUAUUACCUGAAUGCUGUGGCUGAAGCUUAUCAACAUGCCAAUGCAGAGCUGAAGAAGAAAAUGCAAAUGCAACGUGAAGAUGAGAAAAACAAGAAGAAUAACAAAGCUUCCACCAAUCCCGCAAUGCAAGAUUUGGAAGACUUGCUUGUUCCACGUGCAAAGGCCAUGGAUGGACCCAAACCAACAGAAGAUAACAAGCCGGAGCCUGCCAACAUUAAAAACACUCCUGCAAUGAAGGAAGAGGCAAGCACCACCAAAAACAGUAAUCCUGAAAACCCUGCAAGUGGAGCCACACUCCAGCCUCCUGUUGUAGUGACUCGGCCACCAACCCCAAGAGGUGGGCUGCCUAACCAACCGAGACCAAAUGCAAGGAUGCCACAACCAAGGGGACCACCCCCUGGAAUGGGAAGGGGCAAGACUCAUUAACUACCAUUAAAAUACAGUUCAUCUACGUGUACUGGAAAUGUAUGCUGCACAUGAAUUCCUGCAAGUAGAAAUUUUACACAUCCACAUUUGAGGUCUAAAGUACGUCACUGUCAAAGUCCAUCAUAUAAAAACAGCCUUCUGUGGUCAA